AUGGCGCUGACGAGGGGACACGAGGGCGGGGUGAACGCGGUGGCGUUCUCGCGGAGCGGCGCGACGCUGGCGAGCGCGGGACACGACGGGGGAUUGGCGCUGUGGCGCGUGGGCGACGCGAGCGCGAGCGCGAAUUUUAUGACGGCGAGGGGGUGUAAAAACGCCGUCACGGACGCGUGUUACACGAUGGACGACGAGUGCGCGGUGACGAGCGACGCGGAUGGGGUCGUGAGGGUGUGGGACGCGGAGACUGGGGGGCAGGUGAAGUCGUACGCGUCGACGCGAGGGAAGUGCGCGAACGCGGUGAGCGCGGCGAGAGGGGAUUUGGUGAUGAGCGCGAGCGACGACGGGAGCGCGUGCGUGUGGGAUUUGAGGGUGAAAAAGCGAGCGGCAAGGACGUACGCGCACGCGGUGCCGCAGACGGCGUGCGUGAUGAGCGCGCACGGGGAUCGCGCGUACGUCGGAGGCGUGGACGACGUCGUUCGCGCGUGGGACGCUAGAAUGGAGAAUAAAUCGCUGAUGACGCUCGAAGGGCACGAAGACACGAUCACCGGACUAGACAUUUCGCCGUGCGGGUCGUUCGUGCUGAGUAACUCGAUGGAUAACACGCUGAGGAUGUGGGACACGCGCGCGUUCGUCGAGGGCGAACGCGAGACGAAGCGAUUCGUCGGGCACUCGCACAAUUUUGAAAAGGCACUCUUGCGAUGCGCGUUCAACGCCGACGGCACGCGCGUGGGGUCUGGGUCCGCGGACUCUUGCGUGUACGUCUGGGAAGUCGAGAACGCCAAGCUGAAGUACAAGCUUCCGGGGCACAAGGGCGUGGUGUCCGGCGUCGCGUUUAGCCCGGCGGAAAACCCCGUCAUCGCGAGCGGCGGCGCGGACGGCGUCGUCUUCGUGGGCGAAUUGGAUCGAUGA